AUGCUACCGGCAGCUGCAUUGUCUGGCACGGCUUCACCAGAUCGAAGCUACGAGUCGAUGCGACAGACCCUGCAGGAUACGCAGAAGCGAUGCGAGCUGAUGUUGACCCGUGUGCAGAAGGAAAGCGAGGUGAAUCGCGGCCUUUCCAAAGCUCGGGAGGCAGCCGAGGAGACAUCGCGGAAGUUGGCUGAUCAGGUCAACCAGCUUACUGACAAAGUCAGCGAAGCUAUUCGACAGAAGGGGAAGGCAGAAGAACAACUGGAGGAUGUGCAGAAGCGGUGCCAAAUUGAGACAGACUUGCGCGAGAAGGACUGUGGUUUCGUGAUCCCGCACAAGUUCAAAGUACCAACACAUGCGGAGGUGCACCAAUGCAGCACGGUCGACGAUGCAUCAGGGAUGGCUUCUCUCUUGGCUGUUCUGGCGCGGGCAGGCGUGGUGCGAAAGUUUCGUGGUAAAGGCGAUUCUGCCGUGAUCGCCAGGCAGCGAGGUAUCUUCGACAGGCCAGAUUAUUACGAUCGAGUCUUCGGUGAUCUAGAACAAGGAGAGUUCCUAGAGUGGUACAACGUGGACUUGCAGGAUCUCAGGCCUAUUCUGGAUACGCACAGCGCUCGACGUGUCCUUGAUCUGGGAUGUGGCACUUCUCGUCUUCCUGUUCAGCUGGCACAUGCUAGACCCGCUCCACGCUUGGUUGUGGGAUGUGAUGCCUCUGCGGCAGCCAUUGCCCGACAGAGGGGCACGGUGAUGCAGUCACGCACCCCUGGACAAUCUCGAUUGCUGUUUGUGGUUGCCGAUGCGGCCAGGCUUCCUUUCCGUAACGGUUACUUCGAUCUUAUCAUCGAGAAAGGCUUUCUGGACGCACUUCACUCCACGAGGCUGGGCGAGCAGCAGGUGCAUGCGGUGCUGACGGAGGCAUGGCGUGCAUUGGCUGCAGGAGGAUCGCUGAUCUCAGUUUCGCAGCAUGGGCAACUGACCCCACCAGACGAACGCCUGCAGCUGUUCAAAGAGGCGAAACUACAGCCUCUGCCGCAGGCUACUCGGGAGGUUGGCAGAAUUCACAACCGCGGCUUAGUAUGCGUUGAAGCCACGAAGCCGAAAAAAGUGCAGCUUUCAGACGGACUUCGAGCGGCGCAUAGCAACUGUUCACAAAGAAGCAGAUGCGAGGUGCACAGCCUUGCAGGCAGGACUGGUCAACAAGCUGCACUGCAUGCGUCGUGUACUUGA